AUGGAAUUGCUCUAUCUCCUCUGCUCAAUCCUCUACACUUCAAUCACAACCUUCUUCCUCUCUCUCCUCCUCCCAUUUCGCGUCCUUCUCCGCCGUCUCCUCCCCUCACGCGCCGCCGUCGAUUCCAGCGUCUCCUACUACGAAGGCACCGUCUGGCACGACCGUCUCCGUCCCGUCCGGCACUCGUUUCGUUACUCCGUCCGUUACGCUCUCUUCGACCUCGACAAUGCCCUCAACGCGCCGCCGGAUCAUCUCUCCGCCGACGAAGCUCGUGUACUUUCCCGUACCACCGGGCCUAUUUUUCUAUUGACAAUACCUCCAAGUGUUGGAUAUGAACAGAACCCAUUGAGCUUGUAUUAUUGCUACAAUUCCGAAGGUUCGAGUAAGCGCUUAAGCAAAUGCAUUGCGCAGGUUACAAACACGCCAUGGGGAGAAAGAGUGACAUUUGUUUUCGACCCUGAAUCUGACGUGGUUGCUAAAUCAUUACAAGUCAGCCCUUUCAUGGAUAUGCUUGGGAAUUGGAAGAUUAGAGCCAAUGAACCUGGAGAUGAUUUAUCUGUGACCAUUGAAUCGAAGCAUCCUCAUCACGGUAACUUCUUCUCUGCGACAUUAAAGGCGAAAAGAAUACCUCAAACACGGGUGUCUGAUCCCGCGGUUUUCUUCUGGUUGAUGCCUCAUAAGGUUGCUAUAUGGAUCUAUUGGCAUGCACUUAAACUCUGGUGGAAGAAUGUACCUUUCAUUCAACACCCAAGAUACUCAAACCCAUUAUACAGAGAGGAAGCAGCGAAACGCGAUCGAGAACUUCGUUGUGUGGGUUUAGAUGGAUCAAACUCUGAUGGAACCAUGAAGCUUGAUGGGUUUAAAGCAGACGGUUGUAGUAGUGGUUUUGGAGGAUGUCGCUUUGCGUGGCGAGAUGCUAAUUGGCCUUGGUCAUGA